AUGGACGCCAUUUCAAUGGACACAGCCGAGACAUUUGUGAAAGAAGUAAUGGCGACCCCCAGCAUAUCAACAAAAGCUGUGGUCCAUGAUGUAGAUCUGGGAGAAAAUAACAGAUUUAGAGAAAGAUUGUCGAGUAAUAAAAGGUCUGCUGACGAGGUUACAGAGAAUAAUAGUGAAGAUGAAUCAGCUAUGACUAAAAAGACGAGAUGCGGACCUACAUAUUCUAACGAAAGUGAAAGCCCAGUAAGUAACAUUAAUUAUAUUGAAACUGGUGAAAUAUUGUCCGCCAUCCAUAAUUUGGGUAAAAUGAUCAAUACAAGGAUAGACAAUCUUGAAGAUUCUCUUUCUGAUAGAAUUAAGGGCAUUGUUCAACAUGAGAUGUCUGAUAUGAAAGCUGACAUUGAUUGUGAAAUUUCCGAAUUAGAAACGAAGAUUUUGAAACUUGAAAACGAAAAGCUUGAAAGUAAUAGAACAUUAACUCAUUAUGUACACGAGCUUAUAGAGACAAUGAGUGCAAAAUUACCGAUGGAACUUGAUAGCAUUGUGAUAAAAAAUAUGCCUGAACUUGCCUCAGAGGAAAACGAUAAUCGUGUUACAAUAAAUCGUGUGACUAAACUUUUUAAAGAAGGCCUGAAAUUGCCCAAUAUAAACAUUAUAAACGCGGAUAGGAAAAAAACAUCAUCACAUAAACCCGGUGUGAUAGUUGUCCAACUCCAAGACAGUGCACAAAAGAAACUAGUCUUAGAAACUAAAUCAAAGUUGAACACUAAUAAACAAUUUGAUAAAAUUUAUAUAGAAUCAAGUAUGUCAACAGCUGAACUCAAAACUCAAUCCAGCCUAAUUACCCUAGUUAAAGAACUUAGUAAUCAGGAUUCAUACUUUGUUAAAGAUAUUAAAUCGUGUCUCAUAGACCUAUAUGGUCGGACGAUGAUUAAUUUAUAUGUAAUUAUUUAA